AUGCCCAGUAAACUCCAAAAACCACAGAAGCAACAGACGCAGCGCAUCCCCUCUAAUCCUCCCCAAGUCCCCGAAUUCCAGGGCUUCAUUCUCGACACCCGCAAAGCAUCCUCAGCGAACCCUUCCUCGGCGACCACAGCGACGACAAAUACCCUGUUAAAUGGUCCACAGUCCAACCGCAGCCUCGCCACAUCAACCGCCGGUGCUGCCCGCAACGUUAGCAUGAGCACUCGCUUCGACGGGAACAACAGAAUCCAGUCGACGAGCAGCCCCUCCCCGUCUCCCCGAGGCACCCAAAAGAUGGUCCAGACCAUCCGCACAGUACCCAGCUUCGAAGCCGCGAGCGACACGAGCUCCGACACCCACCACUCCCGCAACUCCGCCUUCUCAUCCUCCGUAAACAGCAACGCCAGCGCCGUCAGCAUGGCCUCCAACCACCAAGACAGAACGCCCCCGAGCGUGAAGCUAAAACAGGAAUGGUCCAACGGCGACGCAACCCUCAAGCCGAGGGACGCCUCGCCCCCCGUCGACGACGACACCGCCGCCGCCGCCGAAUCCCAAGGCGCCGGCUGGGACUCGACCAUCGGCAAGGCGGGCCUGGGCAAGACGGGCCGUGUCAUCAACAAGCUCGUCAGCGACAAUGAGGCCCUCAAGCGCGACAUCCAGAUCGAGCGGUUACGGGCCGAGGAGGCGAAGCAGGCCGCCAAGCUCGUUGAGGACAAGAUGGAGCGCCUGAUCAGCGACUACGAGAGCCGCCUGCUCGAGGCGAGCGUCACCAAGACGCUGCUCAGCCGCAAGGAGCGCCAGGUGGAGACGCUCCAGGGGAACGUGGAGCUCGAGAAGAAGCGCACGUCGGACGCGCAGGCCAAGGAGCAGAUGUGGCGCGACGAGAUGGAGAAGAUGCGGUCCAGCACGACGAAGCAGGUCGAGGAUGCCAACACGCACGCCGCGCUGAUGGAGGGGCGGUAUAACGCUAUCAGCUCGCACUGGAAGGACCAGGGCGACGAGGUGAAGCGCGCACAUCUCAAGCUGCGUGCCGAGAUUGCGGGGCUCGUCGAGGAGAGGAGGAGGGACGACGACAAGAUCACGACGCUGAGGGACCUGUGCGACCAGCAGGACGGCAACAUCAAGGAGCUGCAACGGCAGAAGGAGGACAUGGAGAAGAAGUUUUCGGAUUACAAGACGGAGCAAGAGGAGGCAUUGAAGAGCAUCAAGACGAAUGCGGCCGAGAGGGAAGCGGAGCAGGAGAGGUUAUUGGAAGAGACGAGAUCGACGUUGGCGAAGUUGAAGUGGGCGUUGAGCGUAAAAGAGAACGUCAAGGACUUGUUGCAAUGA